AUGUUAUUAUUCGAAUCGGACAAGAAACAAAGCAAGCAAAAACGAUAUUCUGAAUUUCAAGCUAUCGUUCUAUGUGGUUACGGAAACAAGCUUUAUCCGCUUACCGAGGAUAAUAAUGUGCCUAAAGCUUUGCUUCCAGUAGUUAAUAAACCGAUGUUACACUAUGUUUUAGAUUGGUUGGAAAGGGCUGGGAUUACCGAUGUAAUAAUCAUUUCGGAAUCAAGUGGAGAACAUAAAAUUGGUCAUUAUAUUAAGAAUGACUAUGAAGGAAAAUUGAAACCAAGUUUAGAAAUAGUGAAAGAGGAUGUAGGAACUGCGGAUGCAUUGAGAACAAUUAAGGAUAAAAUUAGGAACGAUUUCAUUGUAAUAAGCUGCGAUUUGAUUCUUGAUUUACCUCCUCACCGAUUUUUGGAUUAUCAUCGUACACAAGAACCUGCUUUUACAGCACUGUUUUAUGAACCUAAUAAGUCAGAGGGUGGUGGAGGAAGUGGUAAUAAUUGUAAGGACGAUGAUUUGAAGCAAUUUGUCGGUGUUGACAUGAAUCGAUCACGCCUUGUAUAUGUUGCUUCCGGAGCGGAUUUGGAUGAAGAAUUUUCAUUGCGUAUGUCACUGUUAUGGAAGUUUCCACGCGUUAACAUACUUACUACUUUACAAGAUUCUCAUCUUUAUAUUUUUAAGAAAUGGGUAAUCGAUUUAAUUGUACAGAGAAAAUCAAUUUCUAGUGUUCGAGAACAUUUAGUCCCAUUACUUGUAAAAUGUCAAUAUCAGAAGAAAUUAUUAGAAAGGGAGGGAAUAGAUAAUUUGGCUAAAUCACAAGUAAAUUAUCAGAAAACCGCUCUUGAAUAUUCUACUACGUGGGAUGAAGAGGAUGAGGAUUCACCUGUUCGCUGUCAGGUUUACAUAUAUAAUACUGGAUUUUGCGGACGUGGAAACACUGUAGCGAAAUAUUGUGACUUGAAUCGUUACAUGAUGAAAGUUAGCACUGAAACACGCGUUUCUCCGUCAGCAGAAGUGAACACCAAGACUCAAGUUGGAUCGGAUUCAUUUGUAGGUGAUGACACUAAAAUUGAUGAACGCACAUCUAUAAAACGUUCAACUAUUGGGUCACAUUGUAUUAUUGGCAAAAAUGUCAAGAUUUCAAAUUCUGUUUUAAUGGAUAAUAUUAUCAUCGAAGAUUAUGUUAAAUUGGAUGGAUGUGUUGUUUGUAACGGCUCCAAAAUAAUGGAAAAAUCUGUAUUGAAAGACUGUGAAGUUGGUGGUGGUUAUGUUGUAGUGUCAGAAACAACUCCAACACGCGCUUUGAAAAAUUUCUAUACUUCGACUUUAACUCGAGGUAGUUCCUCUGGGCUUAUUGUUAAAAGGUCUAAAUACACGCUUCCGGACCUUCCUUAUGACUACAAUGCUCUUGAACCCAUUAUUUCUGCGGAGAUAAUGCAAAUUCAUCAUUCUAAGCAUCAUCAGGCCUAUGUUAAUGGAUUAAACCAAGCCGAAGAAAAACUCGAGGAUGCCUUUAAAGGAAAGGAUGUUACCACACAAAUCGCGAUACAAUCUGCAUUGAAAUUUAACGGGGGAGGACAUAUUAAUCAUUCUCUUUUUUGGAAAAAUCUCGCUCCAAAGAAAGGAGAUGGUGGCGAACCUCCAAAGGGUGAUCUUUUGAAAGCGAUUAAAGAUGAAUUUGGGUCACUUGAGGACUUCAUUAAGAAAUUCAACGUUCAAACGGCCGCUGUUCAAGGUUCUGGAUGGGGUUGGUUGGGUUAUAAUAAAUCAACCAAACGUCUUGAAAUUGUGACUCUCCCAAAUCAAGAUCCGUUAACAACUCAUGUACCUCUACUUGGAAUUGACGUUUGGGAACACGCAUAUUAUUUACAGUAUAAGAAUGCCAGACCUGAUUACUUGAAAGCAAUUUGGGAAGUUAUCAACUGGAAAACUGUUGCUGACAGAUUUGCUAACGCUAAAUAA